UCUCCCCAGCUGCUCCGUUUGUGAUUCUGCAGCUGAGAAAAAAAUCCCCCGAGCUCUGCAUCAGCGAACAGGACACAGGAGCCGCGAAAGGGAAAUAAAUUGGGGGAUCCCUCAAAGAACAGAGGAGUCUUUUGUUCUUCUCAUGCUUUUGAUGGUUGAUCUGUUCCCCUGCCUUCAUCUCCUCUACAAAGGAAAGUCUUUAAAUGAGAGGACAAAGAAAUAUUUUGCAGCUUUAGAACAAAGUGAUGCAAAUGGAGGGACUGCUUCUGGAAGCGAGGAACUAAAGAGUUAAUCGAUCUUCAAGAAAUAACUGCAAACUGCCGAACCUUAACACUGACUUUGAAGAGGACGAGACGCUGAAUCAAGACAUUUAAAAACAAAGACCUCCACCACCAGACUUUGCCUUCUUUCCUUCUGUGUCAUUUUCACUUUUCCUUCCUUUCACUCAAAGACCUCCACCACCUGACUUUGUCUCCUCUCCUGUGCCAUUAAUACUUUACCUUUUUACACGAAGACCUCCACCACCAGACUUCAUCUCCCCUCCUCCGUGGUCCCAUUUGUACUUCCUUCGUCUCGGGCUCUGCUCCCCCCCCCCCCCCCGGCCCCCCCACACGACUAAAGCUCAGCCAUGCAGGUGUCCAUCGCCUGCACGGACCACAACCUGAAGAGGGGGAAUGGAGGAGACCACGGCAAGCAGAGCGCCACCAGCCCCAACGUGGUGAACCAAGCCCGGGCCAAGUUCCGCACCGUGGCCAUCAUCGCCCGCAGCUUCGGAUCCUUCGCCCCCCGCCACAUCUCUCUCAAGGAGUCCACGGGGAAACACACGGGCAUGAAGUACAGGAACCUUGGAAAAUCAGGACUCCGAGUAUCUUGCUUAGGACUGGGUGAGUAG